AUGAACGGCGCUGCGUUGCGCCGGAUCCGGCAGCACAGAAAACUGCCUUGGCUGGCAUUGUUGCUGUUUCUGCAGCUGCUUAGCGCAGCCAGUCCUUUUGCAGUGUACACUGUUCCCCAUGCUCUUUGCAUAGACAGCAAGGAAGCAGUAGGCUCCUCUGGGGUCGCUGCAGGGGCUUGCAUCCUUCUGCCGCGGAAAAGCCCCCUACAUCAUGCACCAGAGAGUUGGUCAACACGCCGCAUACCACAGUGUGGAACCUUCUCAGUAGACUUUGAGGAUGCGGGUGCAGCACCCCUCAAGCACACUGUGGGGAAGACCUUCGCAACGGCAUCACAGGCACAAGCAUACACAUCGACAGGCGCUAAUGAAGUUCCGGGAGGGCCAUCCGUUGCCACACCAGCAACAGCCGCUGCUGCAGAUAUUGAAAAUGCGUUUUCAGAAGUUGUCGCUGCAGCAGAAGCAGUUCUAUCGACCAACUUCACAAGCAGCAGUGAAAGCAGAAACGGUCAGGACGUUUCCGUUUCACCGUGGGCUGCUAGCACUUCUGAAGCCGUCGAGACGGCCCGUGCUUCGUUCUUAGCGAAGGUGGCGAAUGCGUUUGGCCUGAAACGCAUUAGUGAUGCGAGCGGCGUGGUGUAUGUACACCGCAGCGGCACCAGCAACGCAAAGCUGCUGGUUGACCGGCAGUUGCUGCUCCGGCUUAGAGGGGAGCAGCAAAAGGGUAGCUGGUCUCUCCACUUUUUAGGAACUGGGGCUAUGCAAGCUUCGGCGACUCGCGGAACUUCCUGUAUCUUGUUUUCUCGCGGCGACGGUUCUGCUUGGCUCUUUGAUUGCGGAGGAGGGCCUUCCCCUACUUACACUGCUUCUGUUUGUCGUAGGGACGCAACAAUAGGAGCAGCAAGCGACGCAGUUGCAGAAGCAGAUCAGAACAGCAGACUGAAGCACGCAGUGGCGCUUGCCGUUGCAACAGAGGCAAUUACGAGGACGACACCUGCCGCUGCUGCUGCUUUGCAGCAUCAGCACCAGCAGGAAACGCGGAAGAGACGGAUGGGAGUGGUGCAGCGAGUCUUCGUAACGCACCUUCACGGUGACCACUGCCUUGGCCUCCCUUCGUUCCUCUCUCAAAUAGCCGAAAGCCCAGAGGAGGGACCCAGGCAUGUUGAGAUCGUUGGGCCGGAGGGACUCCGCAGCCUCCUCCGUUGCAUUUUGCAUGGCACGGCUGCCAGGCGCCUUCCCUCUUUUUCAGUCGUUGAACUGCGUUGUGUACCCCACCUACACCAUCGGCGAUCUCGAGUGCUGCGUCUUCCCCCGUUGCCCCCGGCUCCGUUCGAGAUAAGUGGUAGAGGAGACAUUGAGCCAAAUGCCGACGGAAGUUAUGUUGCAUUUGAAGACUCGGAAAUUGUCGUUACAGCUGCACCAAUAAGACACCUAGUACCAUGUGUCGGUUAUAUUUUGACGGAAAAGAUAAACCGCCAUCGUCUUAGGGCGGACGUGAUAGAUCCUCUCAUCGAAAAGAACUCACAGCAUUUGAAAGACCCCAGCAGGUGGCCACAGCUCCGCGGUGAACCAAAGGCGGUGUACAGGCUCUUGUCCGAACUGAAGGCGGGAGAGGUCUUCAGUUUCCCGGAUGGGACUCAAGUUGGCCCGGCGGAUAUAUUCCUGGGGGCUCCGCAUCCAAGGAAGAUCUGCUUUGCAUUCGACACAUGUGAUGCAUCUCGGCUGCUUCCGUUCGCUCAGGGCGCUGACAUUCUUGUGCAUGAGGCCACAAUGAGUGGGGUUAAAGGGACUUCAAGCAAGUGGGACCCCUGCACGGAGUCGCUCCAGCCGAAGCCACACCCCGGGCAAGGGGAGGGACAUCUCAAUGGACAUGCUGAGGGCAAGGCCCUUAGCGCAAAAGACCUAAUGGGCGCUCACGUGCAGACAGCCAGUCAAGCUGCCUUUGAGAGGGGGCACUCUUCCGCCGCCAUGGCUGGCAGUUUCGCCUUCCGUGCCGGAGCUGCCCGCCUACUACUGACUCACUUUUCCCAGAGGUACCGUGGAGAUCCCUUCCUUCGUAGUGUGCUGACAAUGGAGCGCGUGGAGGAAGAGGCCAGGCAAGCCUAUGAUAUAGAGCGGCAGCUCCAGGCUGCCGCACCACCGGCGUCCACGCUGAAGGUAACGGCUGCGUGGGACGGACUUGCGGUGGUGCUGCCUCAGCGUACGUAUUCGCCUACAGAAGAGCACUGA